AUGCUAAGUGAUUCAAUCGUUGAAAUCUUACGCCAUUACGCUCAGGAGUUUAAAGCCACCAUUCCUAUUUCAGACAUUUUAAUUGCUCUCAAAAUACACGGAGUUUUAGGAUAUGGUGAUAUAAACCGAAUCAAGGAAUUAUCUGUGCUAGAUGAAAUGAAUGAUUAUUUUCUUGGGAUCAUCUUUGAUAAAUUCAGAGAUCAAGAGUUUUAUAUACUAUGUGAUAUCUUAAAGCAGCACAAUAUUAAAAGUGUGCAAUUGUUUGGAUUUCAGUUAGAAAGAGACGCUAAAGGCCUAUAUUUAAUUGAAGAGAAAUCUCAAAGGAAAAGUGUCAAUAACAUAGAAGAUCCAGUAUCCCCAAAAUCGGAUACUAUUCAAGCCGAAGACAUUGACAAGUAUGGAAAGAACGUAAGCGUCACCAUUGAAACCGUCGCAAACACUCUAACUGAUAAUGAGUACCUAGCCCUCGAUGCUAAAGCAGCUUCUAUUCUUACUACAAAUUCUUUACUGUCUAAAAUUGUCCGUCGAUUACAUCACAAUCUUAAUGGUGAGAUUAUUCAAAAUCAAGAAUAUUGGAAAUGUAUCAACGAUCUUUACUCUUUGACCCCUUUUCAAGAUCAUGAAAUAGAGUCCAUACUCUAUUUUAUUGUGAACCUUUGUGACUUCCAAAAAAUACUAGAUACCAAAUGGCUCUAUCCAUUAGCUAGAACCGCUCGAAUUUUAAUAUUCAAAUCAUAUUCAAAUUUAAAAACUAAUAGAAUCAAUUUCCACAGACUGUCAUUGUAUAUACAUACGGUAUUAAUUCGAUCGCAAUCAAUUCGUCAUUUUCGUAGCAUUCCACAGAAAAUCUUACCCCUUGAAUUACUGAUUACUGAGUUAAACAUCAUCGACUACCAACUCCGUAACAUAAGCAAUGAAAAGCUUUAUCAAACCGAAUUUGAGCCGUUUAUUUCGUUUUAUUGUCCUCAAAAUCCAAAUAAACCAUCUCAAAUGGACCGAAAGACUUCAAAGAUACAAUAUCAGAUGUGGACAUUAUAUGAACAACUCGAUGAACAGAAGGAACAUUACGCUGAACUGACUUAUUUGAUCAUUGAUACAUUAUCCACUAUGAUCAAAAGUAGCAAAAAUUCUUCAAUUCAGAAGCAAUGUUACUUAUCUAUUACCGUUGUGGAUGAAAAAAUACAAUCAGCAGAUCACGAAUAUGGGAUGCAGGAUUAUUUUUUUCAGCUCAUCGAUGAAGAUAUCAACAGUAAUUGUAUCCAAAUACUACUAGCUAAAUAUAUCAUUGAUGGGAUUGAUAUUUUAGAAUCCAAAACUACAUUACUGCCAUCAUUGUACGAUUGCAUAGCCUCUGAUUUACGUCACAUUCGGUCUAUAAAUAUUUGUAUGCCUUAUAUUGACGACAUGCUGAAGGAUCUUAGUUACAGCAGCACAGUCACGACGACAUCGGCAAAUCACAUCAUGGAGUUAUCUGGCCUUUAUUUUACAGCGCUGGCAAAUAUGGGUAAUAUUCCAUCGGUAUUGAAUGCUAGCGAAAAAAUUGUCACUAGCCAUCUGCAGAAGCAUCUUCUAACAACCGAAAUGAGUGUUAACCACUCUUCCAAUGUGCAACCACCUCUGGUGGUGUUAUUGCCGUCUCCAAAUAUGGAAUUUGUUGGACGACAAGAUUUACUUCAAUUGAUGAAACAGAAUCUCGACGUUAACAACAAUUGCUCAGUUUCAAUGGUCAGCUUAGUCGGAUUUGGAGGAGCAGGUAAAAGUACAUUAGCUUUGCAAUACGCACAUAAUCAUAUUAAAUCACGAAGCUACGAUGUUAUUGCAUGGAUACGUGCGGAAACAUUAGUUUCUCUACAAUACGGACUAGUUUCAUUAGCAAUACAAAUGUCUCAACAUUUGUCUCAUACCAGUAGUACAUGUCCGGCAUUACAUACUCUAACAUCUAUAUUAGCUAAAUUUCAAGCUGAUUCACCAAUCAAGUCUAGUAGUUGUCGGAGUGCUAUACUAAAAAUUAAUGCUUCUACCCAAGAAAUUGAAAGUGUAGUAUCUAAUGCUAUAAAAAUUCUGGAGACCUUCCACAAUCUGAAGUAUUUACUAGUAUUUGAUAAUGCUGAAAAUAAAGAACUGGUAUCCGAAUAUUUUCCACUCUAUGGUAAUGGCCAUAUUAUAGUUACUUCCCGUAAUCUUAGUUGGCAACAUCAAAUUGAUGUUUCUUUAUUCGAUCGCGCAUUAUCUAUUGAAUAUCUGACAUCGGCAUUAUCGUCAAAGAUCCAAGAUUUGACAAAUAAUGCAGGCUUAAAUGCAUUAGCUGAUGAAUUAGGUGAUUUACCGUUAGCCUUAUCUCAAGCAGCCAAUUACAUGAAGCAAAACAGAAUUGUUAUUGAUAAAUUCGUUAAAAAGUUGGUCACUCAAAAAAUUGCAGCUCUGCAAGUGUCAGCCUCAGCACUAAACGAUUAUACCCAAUACAGCCAGAAACAAUUUAUGAAUAAUGGUAGUCAACACCAGUUAGCUAUUAAUUAUCAAGAAAAUCAGGAGCAAAUGACUGUUUAUAUGCAUAGACGAUCUGUUUCUACAACUUGGAGUAUGCACAUGGAUAUUAUUAAACGCGAAGAUAAAACUGCUCUACUCUUAAUGCAAAUUAUGGCUUAUUUGUCCCCUAAUGAUAUCCAUUUAGCGCUUUUAAGAGAAAUUCUACAAACUUUCGCUGAAGAUACGGAUGAUUACAAGAAAGAAAUGCAAAACAUUGAUUCUUCUUUAAUAUUGUUAAUUAAUUAUUCUCUAAUUAAUGGUCACAAUGAUACUUACUCUUUACAUCGACUCUUACAGUGUGUUAUCAGACACAAUAAUCAACAAUAUAAUCUUGAUGUUACUAUCUUACAACAUUUAUUCAACUACUUAGAUCAUCGCUUGACAGUAGUAAAUCGUGGUAUGGAUGGAUGGUAUUCAGGUGCAGAUGUCAUUACUCAUGCAGAACUAUGCUAUCAGCAUGCAGCUCAUAGGGAUUCAUUUUUUCCAAUGAGAAUCAAAAUACUGAGACAUCUAUGUUAUUUCCAUGUGAGUACUAAAAAUUAUCGUAAAGCUAAAGUGUAUGUAGAAGAAGCAAUGCAGCUAAUGGAUACUAAGGAAGUUCAAAUUAAUGAAAAAAUAAGCAAAGAAAACUCUGAUCCGUAUCUCGUUGACUAUUAUCACGAUAAAGCCUUAAUUUAUUUUUGUUCCGGUAAAAUCGAUGUAUUUCCAAUAAGAAAUACUACAGCGAGGCAACGUUUAUCAAUAGCUUUAGAUUUAUUAUUAAAAUACCCAUCUAACCCAAUUGAUUUAGCUGAAGUAUACAUAGCGCUCGCGUCAACAAUAAGUGAAAAUAAGAAAAAUUAUCAAAAUUUGCAUCAAUAUCUAGCGCUAGCAAAAGAAAUAUUAGAUUCUCAUCCGAUACCUCAAGAUGUACAUUGUCGAUACUACAACCAUACUGGACUAUUACACUACUAUGAAAAUAAUUAUGAUAUAGCAAUUAAGAAUUGGCAAUUAGCAGUUAAAACCAAGUCUGAUUUGGCCGCUAUAUUAAUUUAUGGCAUGGUCGUGCGAUGA